AUGAGUUACAAUCAAAUGGUACCCCAACAAUUACAGGGAAUCAACCCAAAGACUCGUAAGCCAUAUACCAUCACAAAACAACGUGAAAACUGGACCGAAGAAGAACAUCAAAAGUUUUUAGAAGCUUUAACAUUAUUUGAUAGAGAUUGGAAAAAGAUCGAAGGAUUUGUUGGAACAAAGACAGUGAUUCAAAUCCGUAGUCAUGCCCAAAAAUAUUUUAUAAAAGUACAAAAGAAUAAUACUGGCGAACGCAUCCCACCUCCACGUCCCAAGAGAAAGUCGGUGCAGCCAUAUCCCCAAAAGGCAAAGUCUGACAUGUCUGGAAUGGGCGGCAUGCUCCCCGACAACCUCACAGGCAACCCCUUUAUCAGUCCAAGCAACUUUACAUCGUGGAUGGCAUACCGUGGGUUAAUGCCACCCAUGGAUCUAAAUGGAGGCGGCGGAGGUGGCGGCGCCAGCGCAUCGCCCACCCCUCCCUCCAACAUGGACGUGAACCGUCAUCACCUCGAACAGCUCCAACAAGCCCAACAAUACAUACAGUCUGCCUUGUCGGUUGCCACGACCGGCGGCCGCGCACAGGCGCCCGGAUCGGCCUCGCUAGCCCCCAACUACCCCAAAAUAUAUAGUUUUUUGUCGACGCUGUUUGACUCGAGCCACUCGUCGUACCCCGACUCGCUCAAUGAGAUGUCGCAGACUGACCGCGAGACCAUGCAGCUGCUCAUGCACAACCUCGCCAUCAACCUUGCCAACCAGCAGUAUCGCGACCAACACCAAUCCCUCAUAGACCAAUGCCGCUCGCUCAAGCGCGAAGACGACGACGACAACCUCGCAUCACCCCGCCAAGGAGGUGCCACUACCGACUUUGACACCUCGAAUCUCGACUCUUCCUAUGGAUCAUCUACACAUCACCAAUCCCUGUACAUGGCAAACAUGCUCAACAACCAUCACCACCAAACACAACAACAACAACAGCAACAACAACAACACCAACAACACCACUCCAACAACCCGUUGAGCAACCUCAACUCGCUCAGCGCACUCACCAGCCUCAACAAUCUCAGCGCGCUAUCGCAGCUAAACAACCUCAACUCGCUGGCCAUGGGUGCAGCGGGUCAACCCACCAAUUCUUCUGCCAACACAAACGCCGCCGGCGCCAACAAUACAAACUCUGCACUACAACCAAAUUCCUUAAAUCAAAUGGGCAAUUUAAUGAAUCUCAACUCUUUACAACAAUCAAAACCAUUUAUUUUAAAUCCUCCUCAAACUUCUUUUUAA